UUCACGUUCGGUUUUUUUGAUUAUUUUUUUUCUAGUUUUCUCGGUUUAAUUGAUUUUUCGGUGUUUUUGUUCACUUCAAGUGACAGGUAUCUAUGAAAUAUUAGAGUUAUUCUUGAGAUGAUAAUCAUCAAAUUUCUCAAUGAAAUAAAUCCCAUUUAAAAUAUUCCAAUGACAUGUAUUGUAAUAAUAAAAACAAAAUAAGUGAAACUGAUUGCCAUAAAUCACCUAUAAAAUAUAAUAUUUUGAACUACUUUCCGUUACACAAAGCUUGAAAAUUUGAAAGAAUAUACAUGCACAUUCAAAGGUAGAAUCCAAACAACAUUAAAACCAGAAUCCAUGACACCCUGAAAGGCAAAUGGCUGGAGGAAAUUAGAAGUAAAACGUAUUAAAGCAGUUAAAACGCAUCAAACACUUUGUCAACUAGUUAAUUAAUCAGGCUUUGGAAAUUGAAAAUCGAACCACUUUCCACUCAAAUCCAAAACCAGAAAGAAAGAAAAGGUGUGUAAAAGCAACUCCAUGCACACUGAACAGUGUUAUCCUGUGGGCUUACUGCACUAUAAAUAGGCAGCUUGUGCAGAGCAUUCAGCACUAAGCAAGCCCAGUUGAUCAUAUAGGUAAGUAGCAUUAGUCUAGCUAGAGAGUGAAGAGAGAUGGAGAAGAAAAUAGUGGUGGCUGUGAUUGCUUUUUGGCUAACGCUUUCUUUUGGGAGUGGAAGCACAAGCGUGGCUAACGACAUUUGCACAGAAGCCAUGACUAGGUUGCGCAACUGCCUCCCAUUCUUGACUACUACUGCCCCAUCACCAUCUCUUUCUUGCUGCGAAGCUGUGGGAUGGGUGAGUCAACAUGCUACCACCACACAAGACCGUAGGGACCUCUGUAAAUGCUUAAAGAGCGCAUCUCUUGCUUACAAGGUUGAUCCUACCAGAGCUAAGGAACUUCCUGAUGUGUGCAAAGUCUCUGUCCCCGUGCCCAUCUUACCCCAAAUCGACUGUGACAAGAUCCAGUAGUCUUCCAUUGAUUGAGGAGUAGAGAUGUUUGCUUAGAAGAAUAAACUGGAAAGAUUAGUAGCGUUGUGUUACUGUGGAGAGAUUAAUGCCAUAAUAUUUAGAGCCUUUCCCUGUUAUGUGUAUGCAUGCAAUAUGAUGCAAUGUACAUAUUUUAGGGGAAGCAUUGUGUCAAUGAAAUGAUAUAUGGCCUCUUUUCGUA